UUAUCGUCUUACUUUAACCGGAUUGUGAGGAGCGAUUUAGUCCUCGGAGGCUCCAUUCACAUAUUCAGUCGCAGCCAGGUGAGCCUGAGGGACAGACAUGAAGGACCCGCAGCUCCCAGCCAUCAAAGCACGCUUGUGGCCAAAGCAGAAAGGGAGCAAAAAAUCCAAAGAUGAGGCUCCAGUUUUGGAAAAGACAGCCCCAAAGACCCCAGCCCCCGCUGCUGUAUCCGCCAUCCCACAACUGACCGAAGAAGAGAGAAUGAAGCAGACACCGUUUGAGAGGGUCGUCUACGACAUGGCCCACAACGAGAGGGUGGUCAACGAACUGAUGCUCGGUCGAAGAGUUGGCUUCUAUGAGCUGCGUGGAGAGGUCGGGCAGGGGAAUUUCUCCACGGUCAGGUUGGGCAUCCACGCCUUAACAAAAGAGAGAGUCGCUGUCAAAAUCAUGGACAAGCUGCGGCUGGACAAGAGGAGCCACCCGAUGAUGUCCUCAGAGAUCAGCUGCAUGGAGAAGCUGUGCCAUCCCAACAUUGUGCGACUGUACGAGGUGAUGGAGACCAGCAGAAAGCUGUACCUGGUGAUGGAGUACGGCAGCAGCGGAGACUUGUUCUCCCGAGUCACCGGCAGAGGCAAACUCAACGACCUGGAAUCCAAGCUGGUCUUUGCACAAAUUGUCUCUGCUGUUAAACACAUGCAUGACAACAACAUCGUCCACAGAGACCUUAAGGCGGAGAACAUUUUCUACACCACCAGCUACUGCAUCAAGGUCGGAGAUUUCGGCUUCAGCACAGAGACGGGCCCUAAUGACCUCCUCACCAACUUCUGCGGCUCACCCCCAUACGCUGCUCCUGAACUGUUCAAGGACAAAGGUUACAUUGGACGCUAUUCAGACACCUGGGCUUUAGGUAUUCUGUUGUACUUCAUGGUGACGGCCACCAUGCCCUUCUUCGGGGACAACAUGGGGAGGCUGAAGCGCUGCAUCCUCCAGGGGGCGUACAGUAUCCCUGCUUAUGUGCCCGAUGCGUGCCAGCUGGUCAUUAAGGGCAUGCUGCGGCCUGUGCCUGUCGACCGCUCGUCUCUCACACAGAUUACUAACAGUACUUGGCUGAAGGGGAUUGAGUACCCCGGUCCAUAUGUCAUGUUAACGCAGUCCCCAGCCCACUUUGCCCAGGACAACCAGGCUCUGUGUGUGGAGGAGCAGGAGGUGAAGAGCUUGCUGUCAGAUCUGGGUAUUGUGACAGUCCAUUUCCAAAAUAAUCCCUGCGUGGACUGUAGGAGCCCGUUGACGGGGACCUACCGGAUCCUUCUCCAUCGGGUGCAGAAGAGGAGGUCAGUGGAGGCUGUGGGUUACUCAGCGCUUCACCCUGAUGAGUACGGGAGUCAGAAGCCGUGGUCUGUGACACCAGUGGACAAACACACUCCCACAGCUGUCUGUGUUUUACUGUGA